GACGAGCCUUUCGAAGGAGACGAGUACUCAGACGAUACAAUGUCUUUGAUAAUGAAUAUCUUAUGGAACCUGACGAGAUCUAUUUUACUUUCCAAAGAAGCACCAGCUGGUCUCAAGGACCUUGGUCCUCCAACACAAUGCGCUAUGUGGUAUCAUCCCCUUUCUUUCUUUAUCCUUUUCAUAUAUAUAUAUAUAUAGCAAGGCGAUAAAAUCACAAGUAAAAUCUCUAUCUUGAUUUUAGAGGUCUUUUUUAUGCAUUCAAACAAGUUGACAAAAGUCAGAAUUGUAAAUUGAAUGCAAAACUUCGAAACGAAAUGGCGUUGCUUAUUCUUCUCAUACUUCAAAUUUUUCCACGUUAUAUCAUCAUCAGCAGUGGUAUUGCCAACGAUGUCCUAUCAUUUUUUAAUGGUUGUUUUUUUGGUACAAUUCAUGUCUGGUCAAAGGAUAUCAAAUUUGUUGCUAGCAAAGAAAAUCUCGUUUUUCUGAAAAUACUUUUACUAAUAAUUUCCGAUUUAACCGAAAUCAAUGCCUCUAUCCCUAUCAUGAUCGAGCAAGUUAUUUUACCAUUAAUACUUCGUUUCAUUGAUUUGAAUUCAAAAUCUAUUUGGAGUCCAUCUCAAUUCUGGUAUCUUUUUGAACACGAGAUAUCAACUUUGACUCUAUUGGCAUCUAAAAUGUCGGAUGAAUUUGUUAACAAUGAUGGAACUCAAAAAUUGAUCUCAAUUUUGAAAUGGUGCGCUAACUCGAAUGAAUUUGAACCGAAAUUGACGAUGAAUUGUACCAAAGCAAUAUGUUCCAUGGUUCUUUCUAAGAACCCUGUCAUAUUAAAAUAUUUUCGUGAACAAGAAAUGAUUCUAACACUAUUCAACGAACUAAUUCGAAGUAAAUCAGAGCUUCGACUUUUAUAUGGAAACCAAAAUAUAAGAAUCGUAAGAAAAUUGUUAGAUAAAUGUAUCUAUUAUCGAAAAUACGAUGAUUUCAACAUAGACCAACGCAAUUGGUUCUUUUAUUUGGGGCUCCAUAGUACCAUGUCCAAUACAUGUGAAGAAUUUUGUCGAUAAGGGAACAGUUUACACCAUAAUCGAUGUGAUCGAAGUUACUUCAUAUCCUGUGAGAUGUUUGUUUCUUGGUCUGCUAUCAGAUAUUUGUGAAAAUAUAUUUUGUGGUCAUUAUUUAUGCAUUUGGUGUGGUAUUGACAAAACUAAGGGAUUCAUGUCUUUGUUAACAAAGAUUUGGAGAGAAGAAGAGAAAGAAAUUGGUGUAAAAAUACGACCAGAUGGCACAGUUGAAGAUCCUGAGUUACCUCAGAUGGGUGUCAAACAAUGGUUCGACACUUAUCACAGUAAACUUACGUACAAUGUUAGUCCUGCAUUGAUCGACAUGAUUGGUUCGGUUUGAUCUAAGAUUUAUGCUAUUUGUCAAAUUAUCAAAAGGUAUGGAAAAAAAUACGAGAUAGUUAAAAACCAU